AGGUGUGGUUUGGUUAUUACAUAGAAAAUGGCUGGCAAGAGAUCUAGCAAAACUCGUGACUGGGCAGACUAUCAAGAGAGAUCAUCAAGCCCUAAAAGAUUAGCUAUUGAUACUGAAAUAUCAAAAGACGUUCCGAAUUCUGCGUCGGCUAACAUUAGCACCUCUGGAGCAGCUCCUUGCGAUGAAUACGGAGCUAAAGACUACAGUGUGUUACUGACACUUAAACUUGAUCACAGCACACGCCCACUUUGGGUGGCUCCUGAUGGUCAUAUAUUUCUGGAGUCCUUCUCUCCAGUGUAUCGACAUGCAAGGGACUUUCUGAUCGCUAUAGCUGAGCCUGUGUGUCGUCCGGAGCAUAUACAUGAGUUUCAGUUGACUUCAUAUUCUUUGUAUGCAGCUGUAUCUGUAGGACUACAAACUGAGAAUAUCAUUCACUAUCUCUCGGUGUUGAGCAAGACCACAAUACCACCUGGUAUAGUUGAAUAUAUAAAGUUGUGUACAUUAAGUUACGGUAAAGUGAAGUUAGUUUUAAAACACAAUCGAUACUUUGUUGAAAGCAUUUAUCCAGACGUAAUGCAGUCUUUAUUAAAAGACGACGUCAUUCAAUCAACCAGGUUAAUCCGAUCAGAAGAAGAGGAAGCACUGAUAGUAGAACAAGCAGCAACCAAAAAACAGCCGUUACAAUUUGGGGCCAAACCGCCUCCUGGGGGAGAGCCCGGACUCAGUAAAGAAGAUAGUCAGGACUCAAAUUUAGAGUCUACAUCAGUUCCUAAUGAUAUUUAUGAUUAUCUUGAGAGAAUGGACAGAGACGAGGAAGAUCAGGAUGAACAGAAAGAAGUCCUCUCGUUUGAAAUUGAUCAAGAGCAUUUGGAAAUAUUACAGAAGAGGUGUAUAGAAUUGGAGUAUCCACUUUUGGCGGAAUAUGAUUUUCGUAACGACACAGUCAAUCCUGACAUCAAUAUUGAUCUUAAACCCACUACUAUUCUAAGACCAUAUCAAGAAAAAAGUUUAAGAAAGAUGUUUGGUAAUGGAAGAGCAAGAUCUGGAGUAAUAGUAUUACCUUGUGGUGCUGGUAAGACACUGGUAGGAGUCACAGCUGCUUGUACAGUGAGGAAACGCUGCAUGGUAUUAUGUACUUCAGCUGUGGCAGUAGAACAGUGGUGGUCCCAGUUCAAGUUAUGGUCCAAUAUUGAUAUGAGUGUGGUCUGUAGGUUCACAUCUGAUGCUAAAGACAAACCAUCACCUAACACCAGUAUUGCUAUCAGUACUUAUUCAAUGGUAUCAUACACUCAGAAGAGAGCAUGGGACUCACAACAAGUAAUGGACUUCUUACAGAAUAGAGAAUGGGGAUUGAUGAUAUUAGAUGAAGUUCAGACUAUUCCUGCAGAUAAAUUUAGACGUGUACUCUCAGCUGUACAGGCUCACUGUAAGUUAGGACUAACAGCUACUCUAGUGAGAGAAGACGAUAAAAUACAAGACCUUAAUUUCCUGAUUGGUCCUAAGCUGUACGAGGCUAAUUGGAUGGAGUUACAGAACCUCGGGUUUAUAGCUAGGGUCCAGUGUGCAGAGGUUUGGUGCCCAAUGACUCCUGAGUUUUAUGCUGAAUAUCUUCGAAUUAAAACCAGAAAAAGAAAAUUGCUGUAUGUCAUGAAUCCAAACAAGUUCAGAAUAUGUCAAUUUCUAAUGAGAUACCAUGAGAGGCGUAAUGAUAAGAUAAUGAUAUUUUCUGAUAUGGUUUUUCCCCUCCGUACUUAUGCAAUGAAGUUGGAUAGACCAUUCAUUGAUGGUCAGACUCCACAGAAGGAAAGAAUGAAGAUACUUAAAAACUUCAGACACAAUCCUCAAGUUAAUACAAUAUUUAUAUCUAAAGUUGGUGACAAUUCAUUUGAUCUUCCUGAUGCUAAUGUACUCAUACAAGUAUCAGCUCAUGGUGGUUCAAGACGUCAGGAGGCACAAAGACUGGGCAGAAUAUUAAGAGCCAAGAAAGGUACUAUAUAUUGGGACUUGGUAUUUCUUAUCUAA